UCUUUUCUAAUUUCGCACUUUACGCCGGUUACGGCAACAACAACCGGAAGUUUACAAAAUAGUUGCAUUCUUUUGAAACUACCUUGCUAUCCUUUGCAUUUUUAGAUAAAUUCUUAGUUAUAAUAAAAAUAGUCACAGAAUUUUACAAUGAAUAUACCACCAGGUACAGCAGCAGGACGGCCAAAAACUGGUCAAAGGCCCAUUGGAACAGCUAUGGGAGGUCGUCAGCCAGGAACAGCAACUAGACUGACCACAGCCAUGAAUCCUGGGACUGCUCGUCCAGGUACAAGAGGAGGCCCUGCAGCUGCUGGUGGGGCAUUGGAUGCCCGGGUAACAGUGGUUGACAGACCUAUGACACAGCAAGGAUUGGGUGGUAUGAAAACAGCUGCAAAAGGUCAGAGACAAGUUCAUGACAGAACAUACUAUCUAGGACUAGUCAGGAGUAAGAUAAAUGAGUUGAAUACAGAGACAGCAAGAUUAAACAAGGAGAUCGAGAAUGUCAGUGAGGAAAAUUCCAGUUACCUUACUUAUGAAAAGAGAGCUGAGACACUUGCAAGUGAAAUAAAAGAUCUACAGGGCGAGCUUGGUGAUUAUAAUACUCUUGUUGAUAAACUGACUACAGAUGAAGAUAUUCAAGAUGUUGAAUUUGAUCUGAAUGAUCUGAGGGCUACCAAUGAAAGAGAGGCAAAGAAGAUUGAAGAUCUUUUUGAAAUUAAAAAACAGAAAGAAGACCAGAUUAAACAGAUAGAGAAUGAGCUGGAUCAGGAGAAACGUAUGGCUGAUAAUCUUGUUAAUGAUAUGGACCCAGACAUGAGGCAGAAGUACUACCGUAUUAAGGACAUGAAUGAGCAUAUGUUAAAACAACUAGAGGAUGGACAACAACAGUUAGAUGUUCUCAACUCUAGGAUGGAAGGACUUCAAGAGGAAUUGUCUAUGUCACAAGUGAAACAAGAAGCUGUAAGGUUGUAUGAGCAGUUAAAUGAAUUGGAGAUGAAGAGGGACAGUCUAAUAGAAGAGGCGAAGUCAACAACAAGUCCUGCUGAAGAGAGGGAGAAACUACUGAAACAAGUGAAAGAGGACAACGUAGAGAUAGCUAGUAUGGAAAGACAAACUAAUGAAUUCAGGGAGAAGAUGGAGUCUGUACAAGAAGAGAUUCACUCCCUUGAUAUGGACAUUGAGGAAAAUCAAGGGGAGAGAAACCAGAAAUAUAAAGAGUUAAAGAAGAGAGAAGAAACCAUGGAUGAUUUUCUUCAAACUUUUGAAGAGUCAAAGUCGCAAGAAUAUCAAAGAAUCACUGAAUUGGAGCAGAAUGUAGUGAGCCUGUUAGAACACAUCAGUAGGAAUAUGAGUAGGUUUCAAGCUCUGCCAAGCCAGAAUGAGUUAGCUGAAAUGAAGGAAGAUUUAGCUUUUAAGGAAGGAGAAAUGAAGAAAUCAGAACAUACAUCUUUGGGAUUAGCACAAGAGAAUGAGAAAUUACGUGAAGAUCUCGAGAAAGUUGAGCAGCUUGAAGACAAGAUAAAUACAGAGCUGGUGAUGCUACGUGAGAAAAUAUCCACCAUGGAAACAGAACUUGUUACAUUCCGUGACCUUGACUCACUGAAGAAAAAAUCUGAGGAGAAGAAACAGAAAUUGAUGUCUGACAGAAUAAUUUUACAAAAGAGGAAAGAGACGUUUAAACGUCAGCUUCAACAGCUCAGCUCUAAAUAUGACGGUCUUAAAGCCACGCUGAAUGACAAUGAGACUUAUUCACAGCUUGGUAACUUGGAGCGUAAAUGGCAACACCAUGAACAGAACAACUUUGUAAUGAGAGAUUUUAUUAAUGCGAAGACGAUGGAGUGUAACUACCGGCCUAUAAGUCGACGUGUGUUUAAUGGAGUCAAUGAGUACAAUUCACUUCUACAGACACAGAUGGCAAAUAAUCCGAGCAUGUGAUCUUCUGUAUAUUAAAAUUGACAUUCAAAACUUCUACAGAUCUGACAUUCAGAUCUAGACUCCAACAUUGACAUUCAAAAUAUAUGUACUUUAUUUGUGUAAAAAAGUGAAAAGAUGCAUAAUUUAUCAUUAUCUGUGUAAGGAAGUGUCAGCUAACAAUACAAAUGUUAUAAUACAAUACAAAUUGUUGGAUAAUAAUACAAAUGUAUAAAUAUCUAUGAAUAAUUGUUGUAAAAUUUUGUUAGAACUAUGAUGCAGUUUGUAAUGUUUUAUCACAGUGAUAGUUUAUUCUAUUGUAUUAAUUCUAAUGGGACCAAUUAAUUUUUAUAUGUAUACAUGUAUGUAAAGUGGUAAAAAAACAUAAGAUCUGAUGAAAAUGGCAGGCAGACUAAAAUAACAUUUACGAUAUUUCUUAUAAAUUAUUAAAAUACAUUUUUGCCAUUCUUUUCAAUUCUGAUUUUGCUAAAUAUUUGGCUUUAAUUGUGUAAAAUUAUGGUACAUUGUAUAUUACAGUGUACAAAAUGUUUAAAUUUGAUUUUGUACAAAUCGCGUAAUUUCUAUUAUCUCCCUUUUCUUUUUGUUCUUUAACCAACAUUAAAUAAUUCGUACAGCAAGAAGUAGGGAUAAAUGUUUGUAUUUGUAUCUUUGUACUUUCAUCUUAAAGAGACUUAAAGAGAGGUAAUUUGAUUUUUAUAUAGGCAAAAAUGAGUUUUAACCACAUUUUUUGGUUCACAAUGUGCUUAAGACUAUUUUGUUAAGUAAGUUGUUAUAUUGUACAGUCGAUUUUGUUGAUAAGCUGACAUGAUGUCAACUUUAUAUCUGAUUACCGUCCAUUUAUUUAUUUAUAUUAGAUCUGUGAUUUAUGAUGUUUAUUUUAUUGCUACAGUAGACAAUUUUCUCUUUAUCUUCUGAAAUAAACAUUAUUAAAGAUA